GGUACCCUAUUAGACUCCCACUCUGCGCAUGAACUGGUCACUGCAGGCUAGCAUUUUGAUUUUUUCUUGGUAUGAUCUUUUUUGACUCGAAGUUGUGUGUUUUGUGAAAUUAUAUAUGGAGCUCUCUGAAGCUUGUAUCUCACAAUUCAGAUAUCUAGGCUCUUCCAACAAUUGUAAGCCCUCUUUACUUCCAAGAGCUCGAAGAGUUAUGGCACCUAACCCCAGAGUAAAGGCAGCCUUUAUGGCAAUGAGGGAUAUCGGAAUCAGUGAAGACAAGUUGAAGCCAGUGCUGAAGAAACUCCUGAAAGUAUAUGACAAAAAAUGGGAGCUGAUUGAAGAAGAAAACUAUAGAGUUCUUGCAGAUGCUAUAUUCGAUGAGGAGGAUGAUAAGGUUGAGGUGCAAAAGCGAAAAAGUACUGCAGAUGAGGAUGACUUGGAGGAAGAAGCACAAAUGCAUGAGGUUGAACGCCCGUUAAAAAGACUGAGGUUGAGAAACCAAGAAUCUCAGGGCUUAGCUUCUCCUAGUAAUCAAAACUCUCAAUUAGGUGGAACUUCGUUCCAGCCUGUGGUUGAGCAGCAAGAAAUCCAAUCUUCUUCAGUCCAGCAAAAUAACAUGGACAAGGGAAAACAACCCAUUUCUCCCAUGGCUUUGGCUGUAAUUGAAAGAAACAACCUGUCACUGCUAUCUACUAUUAAAGCUAGUGGAACACGUUCAGUAAUGUCCUCCGAUACUUCUAUCAGAAUUCUCAUAGACAAAGGAAAGGGGCCUCUCUCUCCCCAUUUUAUCGAUAGAAGCUUUAUACAUGAGAGGCCAUGCAACGAACCAAAGGAUGAGACAUAUGGACUAGCAGUGUGGCACCUGGAGAUGAAGCCUUGCUUCUGGGUGGGGGCGGAGAUGUGCUGGCGCGGGUGGUUGGGGCUGACAGUCGCGGGAACUAGCUGGAAAGGAAGUCAGGUCAUCGGAAGUUCCACUGAUGAUGACCGCUACUCUUAAAUUAUAUCCCGAGCUUGAGUUUGUGUGUGAAAAGUGGACGCCUUCGUUCAAGUCGCAUAAGGGAGGAGAUCUUCAGUAAUUGGUCAAUGUAUAUACUCGAGAUUUUUUCUACACAGGAGACUUUCUUAAUCCGGCCACAUAUUGAAGUCCUUUAUCAAGCUGCACAGAGUGGAGCGUUUCUUUGGGUCGUACAUAAGAAAGCUCCAGACGCAUGGAGGAUUUGUGCUGUGAAUUCUGCAUUUGAUUUGAGUUGUUUCUUUACACAGCUUGGUUUUGGGCUUAAUCUAGGUGUGGAAAACACUCUAGUGUAUG